AUGGAGGAGUUGCAUGUUGGUCCUGCUGCCGCUGUAGAAGCACGACAGCCUUUUCAAGCUUGGCAGGACUGGACAAAUAAAAAUAUUUUUACUUCUUCAAUUGAUGAAACGUUGAUAUCAUAUCAGGAUGACCAAGGGAGUGCUACAGACGGUAUGCAAGCCCAAGGUUAG